UACGACACUUCAUUGCUUCUUACGGCACAACAUGGCGCUACACUGAUCAGCUCAGUGAAGGAAUGAGGCGUUGAGCUGAAGACUGCUUGCUUUCCCCCUCUCUUUUCGCUCAGAGAGUUCCAUAUAUCCGCGCAGUGUAGCCGCAGCUCUCCGCUGUGCUCAGGCAGAAUUAGUGAGCAGCAGGUGUGGGUUUGUGGCGUGAAAUGGCGGCGCAGGGAGGCAUCCUGUUCCAGGAGAAGGUCAGCAGGCUGCUCAGUAGACAGAACGGAAAACCCGUACUCAAACCCAACAGGACUCUGGCUUUGAGAGAUGCUGUGGCUAACCGCAAACUGAAGAAAGGAGAGGCCACCUGUAUCACAGAGAUGUCCGUCCUGAUGGCCUGUUGGAAGCAGAACAACUUUGUGGAUGGUCUGUGCUCUAAUGAGAUGAAUGCCUUCUACACUUGUGUUGAGAAGGCUCAGGCUGCUAUGAAGAAUAAAUCUGAACAGACCAGCAUCCAGGGAGGACGUCUGCACCCAAAACAAGCCACAACCCUGCUGAAGAGAUAUCCCAACCUGCGCACUGAGAUCUAGGAAGCAAUCUUCUUAAUGCAUUAAGUUAUACAGAUUUAAAAUGUGCAGGGUAAAAAGAGGCCAUUGGACUGAGUCUUGGAGCUGGGUUUCAUCAUGUUAAGGUGUUGUCCAGACUUGUCAACUACUGUAAGAUUCAACAACGGGAUACCAUAUACAUUUAUUAAACAAAUAACGCAAGGAGCAGAACACUGAAAAGGGUGACUUCAACACAAACGCACUGCACUACUCCUUCAGUACGUAACAUCAGGUUUGCAAAGGCUAUUCAAUCAUUUCAUAUUGGUGUGUAAUAUUCUGUAAUGGUACAGCCUUCGUAUUCACAACACACUGCGUUUUAUGGUUUGACAUAUAAUGUGACUUUCUCCUCGUGUCCUGAAUUGGCUCUGUCUCUCAGAGUGGUCUCAGUCAGGGCAGAGAUGGUAUUAGUGAAUGUAAUGGAAUUAUUCCACUUGGGUUUCGUGACUCCUGAGCUUAAUGUUAUCACUGCACACUUAACUGCCUCGUCAUUCCUGUGGAAGCUCAGAUUGGUGGUUAACAGAUGUUGAAAUAAAAUCAGCCUAUAGGGUUACAUAGAUUACCAGUAAGCAAAGCUCAGUAUGGUUGAUAUGGAUAUUCCUGAAUGGAUUUAAACCAUUUUUUGUCAUCUUUUAUCUGUCAUAUUAUUCAUCAAUUUCUUUCUGACUAUGUCCCAGUUCCAUUCUACAUACUAAUUCAAAGCAGGUUUUGGGUCUGUAGUGUGUUCACACUAUAAAGUGACAAAUUUAGUGACAAACUAAAAAACUGCAGAUUGUAGUGUUGUGUUGAUGUACAAUAUUCUCCCACAAUGCAAUCUACAAAGGAAAUAGAGGAGCUGCUCAGGGCUGGGGAGAAAAACUAAAUAAUUGUUGAGAGACAGCUCCAGAAAGAUCUUGGAGACAAAAGUAUUAAAUCUAUGGAAAAACAUUUUGUUUUCUCUUUGUAAACUUUAAUUGACAGUGGAAGUCGCAGUUUGAUUGAUGUAUUGGUACGUAUGUUUUUGCACACACUGUAUAAUUUCAUGUUGUACAAAAAAAUAAAGCACAUUGUUUUGUACAUUCA